AUGACUUCCAUGAACAUCAAUGAGAAGCUGAAAAAUGAAGAUGGGAUUAGUUUUGAAGAUGCAACUUAUUACAGAAGUUUGGUUGGAGGACUAAAUUAUUUGGCUCACACUAGGCCUGACAUUGCUUUCUCAGUAGGAGUGGUUUCUCGGUUCAUGCAUAGUCCAUCCAAACAUCAUCUUGGAGCAGCAAAAAGGGUUCUGAAGUAUAUAGCUGGAACAGUGGAAUAUGGCAUUUGGUACUCAAAGGUAUCAAAUUUCAAACUUAUUGGCUUUACUGAUAGUGAUUGGGCAGGCUACUUAGAUGAUAGAAAGAGUACUUCUAGAAUCAUCUUUAAUCUCGGUUCGCGAGCGAUUUCAUGGAGCUCUAAGAAACAAGAAGUUGUGGCACUCUCAACGGCUGAAUCGGAGUAUAUUGCAACUUCAUCCUCAACAUGUCAAGCAAUAUAG